AUGCAGUUCAACCUUUUCACCACUGCCUCCAUCCUCUUGGCCAGCACCUCCCUUAUGGCUGCCGCCCUCCCCCAGAGCCUUGCCAACCGCAACUCUCCUCCAGUCUGUGGUACCUGCAACCCAGUCUCUGGCAAGAACUUCUGUGACAUCACCACCUCUUGCAUCAACACCGGAUCUACCUUCCACUGCGCCUGCCGUGCUGGCUACAAGGCGAGCCCUCACAACAACGACAUCACCAAGCAGUUCCGUCUGCCAUUCAAGAACUACGAGUUCCUCGUUUUCGUGCCAGAGAACACUGCUUGCAACACCCUCUGCAACGACUGGACCCUGCCACCACCAGCUUUGUGCUCUGAGGUCCCUCUUUACAACCAGUGCAAGGUUUAA